AAAAAUAAAAACAACAAAUAGUAUAUCUAUCUACAUAUAAAAAUAAAAAAAAAAUUAUUUUUCCCCCACUGAUGUAAAAGAUAACGACGCUCCCGAUGACUGCGCCGUUGAUCAAUAAAGUUGAGCUUGUUGGGUUGAACAACGCCGGUCAAAUUUCUUGCAUACCCUGAAUAUUGGAAUAGCAACCACCCUGUUAACUUCUCAGUGGAUUAAUAUAUUAUAAAUUUAAUAAUUAAAUAAAUUAUUAAUUUUAAAUAGUGUUUAUUAUGUAAAUAAUUAAGUGCAGUAAAUUUAAAGUGACAUUUAAAAACAAAUUCAUAAAAAUAGCUAGGACGUGUGUCCUACAGGGCUCUUUAUACUCCCACAAGAUAUUGAUCAUCUUCUGUAGAAAUGGCGAAAAAUACUGCUGAAAGUAGAAUUCCUGUAUCACGAGUUCUACGUCCUUCAUUUCUUCCAAAACCAAAAACACCAACUGGUUUGAUAAAUCGUAGAUCAACUGUUGUAUCAUCAUCAUCAUCAUCAUCAUCAGGAUGUAUGGCAUUGACAGAUUCUCUUGGAGAUGUCAAUUGUCGAACACCUGUAAGAGGACGUGUUCCACCAUUGUGUGCUUCCACACCAACUGAUGAGAAUAAUGUAAUAAAAAGAGAUGUUAUAUCAUCAAAUUGGAAUAUAAAUAAUAAUCAGUAUGAUUGUAUUAAUAAAUCAAGAAUUGAUGAUAAAUUAUUUGGUACAUUUCAAGGUACACUUGGUAUACUUGAUGACAUUGGUGAUUCUUGUUUAAUUGAUUCAACAAUAUUUAAUGAUACAAUUAAUAAUAUUAAUUGUACACAUAAUACAGGACAACAACAAAAUUAUUUAACAUUAAUAAAACAAAACUCGUUUGAACAUGACGAGAGUCUUGGAAUAUUGACACCUGAUCAAAUGACUGAUUUUACAGUUGCAUUGGGCGGUUCCCGUACUCCCUCAUAUGAAAAUUUAACGGGUUCAAAAUUAGCUAUUGUUACUGGUGCUGCUGCUGCAACAACAACAACAACAACAACAACAACAUCAUCAUCACGUUUAUCAAGACCAACAAAUGUACAAUUUAUUGGUGAUGAUGAUUUAUUAUGUGAAAGAUCACCAUCACUUGAAGAAUUACCACUUGAUCCAAAACCAUUGAAUAAUAAAUUAUCAAUUAAUCAAACAACAAAUACAAUAACAACAAUAACAACAACACCAUCAACAUCAACAAUAAUUAAUACAAUUUUACCAUUAACAAAUAUAUUAAAUGCAUCAACAUCAUUAUUACCAAUGAGUUUUGUUACAUCUGUAACAAGUAUAACAAGUCUUGAAGCUGGUUAUCAAGGUGACGGUGAAAAUUCAAGACCAGCAUCACGUGGACCAGAUACAUCAUCAUCAGUACAAACAGUAUCAGCAAAUUGUAAAAAUUGUCAUUUACAAGAUCCAAUGACUGAUUCUGAUUUUUUUACUGAAAGUGACGCUGAUGCACAUGAAGAUAUUGUUAGAGGUGAUCGUCGUGCACAAAUUAUUGAUGGUACAUUAUUUUGUCCACCAACUGGACGUCAAUAUCAAAAUUUUGUUACUGAAGAAAUGGAUUCAAGUGGUAUUUAUUCUGAUCUUGAUAAAAAACAAGAUGAAAUAAUUAAUGAUAAUAAUUUACUUGAUGCUGAUGCUAUUAUUAAUAAUAAUAUUAAUAAUGAUAAUGAUAAUAUCAAUAUUAUUAAUAAUGAUAUUAUUGAAUUAAAUGAUAAUAAAUAUAUUAAACAAGAUGGACAAUUACCAGUAACAGCUGAAACAACAUCAUCAUCAUUAUCAUCCAUCAAGGAUUAUUUACAAGCACCAAUUAAAUCACUUGAAGCAUCAACAAAUUCAAGUAUUGAAUCUAUUCUUGUUAAAAAUAAUAAUAAUUCAGAUAAUAAUAAUAUAAAAAUUGAAAAUAAAAUAAUUAAUAAUAAUGAAUUGCCAAAUAAAAGUGAAAUAUCAUCAUUUAAAAAAUAUAAAAUGCCAAAAAAAUAUGUUGCAUCAAAAAUAAAAGCAAUGAUUGAAUCAAAUAAUAAAGAUGAAUCAACAAAAGAACAACGUAGAAUUGUUAGAACACCACGUAAACCAGGUCGUUGGACAGAAGUUGUUAAAAAAAUUGAAGCUGGUAAAUCAGAACAAAGAUUAAGACCACAAAGAAAAGAUGUUAAAUCAAGAAUAAUGCAAAAUAUAAUAACAACAUCAUCAUCAUCAUCAUCGUCAUCAUCAACAACUCCAUUAACAACAACAAUUGUAUCUGUUAAAAAAACAUCAUCAUCAAGAAACACUAAUAAUUCCGAUGGAAAUAAAGACAAAAGGACAAUGAGAAGUUCCAACAAUAAUCAAACAAUUCAAGAAACAGCACAAAGCUCAAUGAGUGAUAUUAGCAGUGUAACAGCUAAAAAUACAGUACAAAAAAGAUCACCACAAUCAUCAAAUCAACAGCGAAGAUUAACAAAUGGUCGUAAUAAUACAACACUUAAAUCACGUGGAACAAUUAAUGAUGCCAAAAAACCUUGUCCACUUGAUUUUACACCAAUUACUCUUGAUAAGAGUCCGACACCAAUACGAAAAUCUACACCAACAAAACGAUCAGUCAAUAAUAAUAAUAAUCAAAACUCAUUAUCGACAAGUGUAUCAGCGUCACCUGGAAAAGAACGUGUUAGACGAGAAUCUCAUUCAAGCUCUCCUCUUGCAUUAUUGAAAAAUGAUACGCAUGAAAAAUCAGCACAAACAGAAUCAUCAAAAAAAGAUGUUCAAUCAUCUGAAAAUAUUAUUCAGGCACUUUGUUUAACCAUUCAGUAUUUAAAUAAUCAACUUGAAGAAUAUUCAUUAAAUGCUCAACAUGAAAUAAAAAUAAUAAAAAAAAAAUUAUUAAAUGAUUAUGAAGCAGAACGUAAAAUUGAAAAUAAAAAAACCCAAGAAUUAAUGAUAAAUUUAGAAUUAAAUUAUAAAGAAAAAAUUGAAAUACUUGAAAGUAAAAUUAAUAAUGAAAAAAAUGAAUUUGAAAUACAGCUUAAUUUAACAAAAAAAAAUUUACAUGAUGAAUAUGAUAAUAUAAUAAAACAAUUAAAUAUAAAACAUGAAAAUGAUUUAAAAAAAAAAGAUGAAAAUAUAAAUAUUAAUAAUAAUAUAUUAACUGAAUAUAAUCCAUUAUUAAAUGAUGAAUUAACAAUAAUAAAAGAUAAAUAUAAUAAAUUAAAAUAUUGUAUAAAACCAAUAUGGAAAAUGAAAAAUAAUAUAAAUGAAAAACUAAAAAAUGAUAUUAUUGAAUUAAAAAAACAAAUACAAGAUAAAAAAUUAUUACAAAAAAAAAUUACAGAAUUAAAUACACAAAUAUCUGAAUUAAAAAAAUCAAAUAAUUUAUAUAAUAAUGAUAAUUCUGAUAUAACUGAUGUUAAUGAUAAUCAAUCAGCAACAUUACAUGCUGAAGUAUGGUCAUUACGUUCAGUAUUAGAAUUACAAAGUCAAAAAAAUUCAUCAAUGAGAAGUGAAAUUGAUAUAUUACGUCGUGAUGUUGAGGGUAAAGAAUUAUUAGAACAACGUAUUGAAACACUUGAAGCAAGAUGUGAAGAUUUAAAAGCUCAAUUACAAUGUAAAGAAUCAUAUGAAAGACAAAUAUCACAUCAAAAUGAAAUAUUGCUAGGUUCAUUUCAUGAUGUAUCAAAACAUAAUAAAAGAUUAACACAAAGAGUUGAAGAACUACAAUGGAGAUUACGUCAAAAAAAUGAAGUUGUUAAUGUAUUGGCAAAUCAAUUAUCAGUACCACCACAACGUUUAUCAAGAUCACUUGGUCCAGAACAUAUAGAUCAUUCAUUAGUACAAGAUAAAAAUAAUCAACAACCAACAUCAAGUUCAAUGAUUAAAUUUAUGGUACAAAAAGGUGAUUCAGUAUCAUGGACACUAGAAAUUGAUGAUACAUCUGAUCCAUUACCAAAUAAUGAUAAUGAUAAUAAUAGAAAUGUUACAAGACAUAAUUCAUUUAGAAAAACACCACGUAAAAAAAUUGAUAUACGUACUAGAUCAAAAAGUGUAUCAACAAGUGAUAAUAUUAAUAAUAAAGAUAACAAUUGGUCACCAAAUUAUAAUUCAACACCAAUAACAACAAGAAAUCGUCAACAAAAUGAUAAUAAAAAAACAAUUAAUAAUGAUAAAAAUAAUAAUGAUAAUAAUAAUAAUAAUAAUAAUUCUGCAUUAAUGCCACAAGAAGCUGGUGGUGAAGCUAUGAUAUCAGAAGAAACAUCAGCAACAAGUAGUGAAGAUGAAUCAUCAGCAAGUAGUGAUAUUUCAAGAUUAGCCAUGGAUUUUGAAUGGAGUAAUUCAGUUGAAUAAGUCAUUUUUGUUUAUAUUAUUUAAAUAAUACAACAACAAAAUCAUUAAAUAUAUUAUUUAUCAUCUUUAAAAAAAAAAUUGUACAAAAUAAUUUUAGUCUCAAUUUCAAUAUCAUCAUUAUUUUUUGUUUGUUUUUUUUUUUUGUUUUAAUUUUAAUAUAAAUUUUAUUCAUAAUUUAAUUACUUUCAGUAAAAUAUAUAUUUUAAUUUAAAAUUUUUGAUUUAUUUUUUUAUUAUCAUAUUUGUAAAUAUAUUUAAUUUAAUUUUAAAUUUAAAAAAAAAAAAAAACACAAAGUUAUUAUAUAUUUUUCAUCGUUGUUUGGGGUUUUUCGAAUAUUGUUUAAAUCAAUAAAUUAUAUUAUUUCAAUAAAAAAAAAAAAUGAUUCAAAAUAUACGAUUUAAAAAAAAAAAAAAAAAAAAAUAGAUCUAUUUCACAAGAUACUUGUAUUGGAUCAUACAUCCGUCAGAAUAAUAAUAAAACAAUAUCAAAAUUUUUAAGAUGCGAUGAAAAAAAAACAAAUUAUAACUAUAAUCAUAAUAAUAAUAAGAAUACAUGUCAGAAAAAGGUAAAUGAUAUCAUCACCCUAAAAUAUGUAUACAUUUUUUAUCAUUCAAAUAAUUUUUUUUUUCCUUUUUUUCACGUGAUAAUUAAUUAUUGUAAUAUCCCAUUUUUAAAAUUCAUAUAUAUACAUCGUCAAAUGUCCAUUGAAUAUAUAUAUAGUCAUUAAUUUAAAAAAAAAAAAAGUGAUUAAUAAAAAAAUACAAAAAAUAAAUUAUUAAAAAUCAAAUAAAAAAAUUAUCAUACGUCAAAAAAAUAAAAAUAAAAAAUAUUUUAGUUUUUAA